ACUUUUUGUGUUUACAGUAAAAUUACGAAGUACCUAUUUUUAGAAUCAAAAAUUCAUUCUUGAGCAUUGUACAUAGAAGUACUAAGUAGCAUCUACAACUACUAACUAGUAAUGUCAGUUUUUAAACAAAGAUAGCGUUGCGUUACCGUGAUUGUUUUCGACAUCCUACAAACCCCCAGUCGAAGGGUCAAGUCAACCUGUGCAGUAUUGAGUAUACAACUUCACCAUUUGGGAGUCUCAUGACGUUUUAUCAGCGAAUUAAAUCAUUAAUUAACCAUCAACGGAGUCUACUUAUUGCUUGAACAUUAUUUAUCGUCAUACCCAGUUUCCUUUCUAAGAUGUUUAAAUUCAGUAUGUCUAGCAAACACACUACUAAUAGCCAAACUGAUAAGGACCUUAAGGAAGAAGGUAAUCGCUUAUUCAGUUACAAACAGUAUGAAAAGGCUAUUGAAUGUUACAAUAAAGCAAUUAUUAAGAACCCUGUUAUUCCCAUAUACUUUACAAAUAGAGCUUUAUGUUUCUUGAAAUUAAAACAAUGGGACAAAGCAUGUACAGAUUGUCGACGUGCUUUGGAAAUGGACUUUAGUUUCAUAAAAGGUUGUUUUUUUUUGGGUAUUGCGCUUAUUGAGUUGGGAAGUUAUGAUGAAGCAAUAAAACAAUUACAAAGAGCACAUAAUUUAACAAAAGAAAAAAAAGUCAACUAUGGUGAUGAUAUAACAAGUCAACUUAGAAGAGCUCGCAGACUGAAAUGGGAGAAACAAGAAGAAGUGAGACAGAAUCAAGAAAUAGAACUUUUGUCAUAUUUGACGAAACUAAUGGAUGAUGAUGUGGCUCGUAGAGUUAGUGAAAUUAAAAAACCAUCAGAUAAUGAAACCGAAAUAGAAGAUUAUGAUAACGAUGUUAUGGAAAUUAAAAACCAAAGUGAGAGAUAUGCUGCUGAACUACAUACCAUAUUUUCCAAGAAUGAUGACAGACGAAAGAAACGCGAAGUACCAGACUAUUUGUGUGGUAAUAUAAGUUAUGAUAUUUUACGAGAUCCUGUCAUCACUCCAAGUGGCAUAACUUAUGACCGCAAAGAUCUAGAAGAACACUUAAUGAAAGUUGGACAUUUUGACCCAGUUUCACGCCAGCAUUUAACUGUUGAUCAACUUAUUCCAAAUUUGGCUUUAAAAGAAGCAGUCGAAGCAUUUGUAAUGGAAAAUGAAUGGGUAAAUUAUUAUUGCACCUUGUAAGCCAAGUAUUUUAAAAGUUGUAUUAAAUAAAGUAUACAUUUGAUCUUAAUAACUUCUUAAACUUUCAAAUAAUUAUCAAUAGUAAUUUCCUGUAUUAGAAUAUGUGUACUAUUUGUGGUUAUUAUUAUUCUAGUUAUAUUUCAAAUCAUAAAAAAAAUUUAAAAAGUUGAUUAUUCAACUUGUUUGUAGCCAUCAACAAAUAAUUAAUAAAAUGGUGUUAUAUC